CCCUCCUACGAUUAGGUAUAUUACUGAUUUGACAACAGUUCCGUAGUUCUUUUUUCAUGUGAACGUCAUAGUGUAAGCAAAACACCAAAAAUGUCUGAUGUCGAAGUUGAUGAUGCACCCUCAGCCCCAGUCCAAACUGGGGGUCCUAUGGACGUAAACCAGGCUCUCCAGGAAGUGUUGAAAAUUGCUCUGAUACACGAUGGAGUGAUCCAUGGUAUACAUGAGGCUGCUAAAGCUUUAGACAAAAGGCAAGCCGUUUUGUGUGUCCUUGCUGAAAAUUGUGAUGAAGCUAUGUACAAGAGACUUGUGUCGGCACUGUGUGCUGAGCAUCAAAUCCCGCUCAUCAAGGUAGACAACAAUAAAAAAUUGGGCGAAUGGUCAGGACUCUGUAAAAUUGACAAUACAGGAAAAGCACGUAAGAUAGUUGGAUGCUCUUGCGUUGUUAUCAGGGAUUACGGUGAAGAAUCGCCAGCCCUAGAUGUCCUCAGAGAAUACCUUAAGAAUGCCAAGUAGUUUGUUAAGUUUGAAUAAAUAAACAAAUACAAAGUGU